AUGUCGUCGCUCAGCAGAGAACUUGUAUUUCUUAUACUUCAGUUUCUGGAUGAAGAGAAAUUCAAAGAGACAGUUCACAGGUUGGAGCAUGAGUCUGGGUUUUUCUUCAACAUGAGACAUUUCGAGGAAAUGGUGACGAAUGGUGAUUGGGAUGAGGUGGAAAAGUAUUUGUCUGGGUUUACUAAGGUUGAUGACAAUAGAUACUCAAUGAAAAUUUUCUUUGAGAUCCGAAAGCAGAAAUACCUAGAAUCCCUAGACAAGAAGGAUCGUGCUAAAGCUGUUGAUGUUUUAGUUAAGGACUUGAAAGUGUUUUCGGCUUUUAAUGAAGAGCUGUUUAAAGAAAUAACACAGCUUUUGACUUUGGAGAACUUUAGAGAUAAUGAGCAAUUAUCAAAGUAUGGAGACACCAAGUCAGCCAGGGGUAUAAUGCUUGCUGAACUCAAGAAGUUGAUUGAAGCAAACCCCCUUUUUCGUGACAAGUUAAACUUUCCUAUCUUGAAGAACUCCAGACUGCGGACCCUGAUUAAUCAAAGUUUGAAUUGGCAGCAUCAGCUUUGUAAAACUCCAAAGCCUAAUCCUGACAUAAAAACCCUGUUUGUAGACCAUUCUUGUGGACAAUCACAGCCAAAUGGUGCUCGGGCCCCCUCCCCCGUAACUAAUCCUCUAAUGGGUGCUGUUCCCAAGGCGGGGGGGUUUCCACCUCUGGGUGCUCAUGGGCCAUUUCAGCCAGCUCCGGCUCCACUGCCAACAUCUCUUGCAGGAUGGAUGGCUAAUCCAUCUCAGGUGCCUCAUCCUUCAGCUUCCGCUGGGCCCAUUGGUUUCAUUGCACCUAAUAAUGCAGGUACUUAUGCAGCUAUAUUAAAGCGCCCUAGGACUCCUCCUGCAAACAACCCAGCCGUGGACUAUCAAACAGCUGAUUCUGAACAUGUCUUGAAAAGAUCAAGACCUUUUGGAAUAUCUGAUGAAGUCACUAAUAUUCCUAUCAAUAUUUUACCUGUUGGAUACCCCAGUCAGAGUCAUGGUCAGAGUUCAUACUCGUCCGAUGACUUGCCCAAGGCUCUUGUGAUGACUCUGAAUCAGGGUUCACCCGUCAAGAGUAUGGAUUUUCAUCCUGUAGAGCCAAUCUUACUUCUUGUUGGAACAAACACGGGAGAGAUCAUGGUGUGGGAUCUAGUUAGUCGUGACAGACUUGCUCAUAGAAGUUUCAAGGUUUGGAAUAGCGGAGCAUGGUCAAUGGCUCUGCAGGCAUCUCUUGCUAAUGACUAUACUGCAUCAAUUAACCGUGUGAUUUGGAGUCCUGAUGGCACCUUAAUUGGUGUUGCAUACUCCAAGCACAUUGUGCACAUAUACUCCUACCAAGGUGGUGAUGAUCUAAUAAGAAACCACCUAGAGAUUGAGGCGCAUGUUGGUAGUGUCAAUGAUCUUGCUUUUUCUUAUCCAAAUAAACAACUUAGCAUCGUCACAUGUGGGGAGGACAGGCUCAUUAAGGUAUGGGAUGCAGUAACAGGGAUCAAGAGGUAUUCGUUUGAAGGUCAUGAAGCACCUGUAUAUUCUGUAUGCCCACAUCACAAAGAAAAUAUUCAGUUUAUCUUCUCAACGGCAAUUGAUGGGAAAAUAAAGGCAUGGUUGUAUGACAACAUGGGUUCAAGGGUUGACUAUGAUGCACCAGGUCAUUCAUCUACCACCAUGGCAUACAGUGCUGAUGGAACAAGGUUGUUCUCAUGUGGGACCAACAAAGAAGGAGAAUCAUAUAUUGUCGAAUGGAAUGAAAGUGAAGGAGCUGUGAAGCGUACAUACAUUGGUCUUGGUAAGCGAUCCUUAGGUGUUGUGCAAUUUGAUACCACUAAGAAUCGAUUUCUGGCUGCUGGUGAUGAGUUCAUGGUCAAAUAUUGGGACAUGGACAAUCUUAAUCUAUUGACAACCACUGAUGCAGAGGGUGGAUUACCGGCUUCUCCUUGUAUCCGAUUCAACAAGGAAGGGAUAUUGUUGGCCGUUUCAACAAAUGAGAAUGGCAUUAAAAUUCUAGCAAAUACAGAUGGGUUUAGGCUACUGCGAACUGUGGAGAAUCGUUCAUUUGACACUUCUAGAGUUGCCUCUGCGGCUGUAGUGAAGGCCCCCAUUAUGAGUAUGGGCACAUUUGGUGCUCCUAAUGCAACUGGUGGAUCCGGCAUUGUAGAUCGAGCUACUCCGAUGGCAUCCAUGGUGGCCCUGAAUGGCGAUAAUCGAAUGUUGGUGGAUAUAAAGCCCAGAAUUGCAGAUGAGUCAGCAGACAAAUCUAGAAUCUGGAAACUGACGGAGAUUAAUGAGUCAUCGCAGUGCCACUCUUUGAGGCUACCAGAUAAUUUCUCAACAAUGAGGGUUUCCAGGUUGAUGUAUACAAAUUCAGGACUUGCCAUACUAGCGCUAGCAGCCAAUGCUGUGCACAAGCUCUGGAAAUGGCAGAAGAAUGACCGAAACCCAUCUGGGAAGGCAACUGCGAGUGUUGCACCACAACUAUGGCAACCUUCAAGUGGAAUAUUGAUGACAAAUGAUACUAGUGAUACAAAUCCUGAAGAUGCUGUUCCAUGCUUUGCACUGUCAAAGAAUGAUUCUUAUGUUAUGUCUGCUUCGGGAGGAAAAAUCUCUUUAUUUAAUAUGAUGACGUUUAAGACAAUGACAACAUUCAUGCCCCCUCCACCAGCAGCGACAUUUCUGGCAUUUCAUCCGGAAGACAAUAAUAUUAUCGCCAUUGGCAUGGAGGACUCUUCUAUCCAAAUAUAUAAUGUCCGGGUUGAUGAGGUUAAAACCAAGCUCAAAGGUCAUCAAAAACGAAUAACAGGCCUUGCCUUUUCUAAUUCUCUUAAUGUGCUUAUAUCUUCUGGAGCUGAUUCACAGUUGUGUGUUUGGAACACAGAUGGAUGGGAGAAGCAAACAAGUAAAUACUUGCAGAUUCCAGCUGGGCGUGCAGCUGCUCCUAUUGCAGAUACCCGUGUACAAUUUCACCAAGAUCAGACACAUUUACUAGCUGUACAUGAAACUCAGAUAGCCAUAUAUGAAGCACCUAAAAUGGAAUGUCUUAAGCAGUGGGUUCCUCGAGAAGCAAGUGGGCCAAUUACACAUGCUACGUAUUCCUGUGAUAGCCAAUCAAUAUAUGUCAGUUUUGAAGAUGGAAGUGUAGGCAUUCUCACUGCUUCAACACUUAGAUUAAGAUGUCGAAUUAAUCCUGCUUCCUAUCUACCUAACAAUCCGAGUUCAAGGGCCCAUCCGCUUGUCAUUGCUGCGCAUCCAUCCGAACCUAAUCAGUUUGCAUUAGGACUUACUGAUGGUGCAGUCUGUAUACUCGAGCCACUAGAAUCAGAAGGCAAAUGGGGUACCUCACCUCCUCUUGAAAACGGUGCUGGGCCUAGCACCACUUCUGGUGCAGCCAGUGCAGAUCAACACCAAAGGUGACAAGUCUCUUGUGCAUGCAUGUUGUUUACCUUGAACCAUGAGUGUAUCGUAUCCACUGCUUUCAUGUGGUUUUGCACGGUUUCCCAUCAGUUUUAUUUUCAAGGGAAGAUGCAAGAUUUGGGUAGUAUAACUGUAGGAUACUUGAACUCAGUUUGUCGAGCCAGUUUAGAGGGUAGCAUCAGAUCAAUUCAAAACUGAGACAUGCCGCCAUUUUGUCCUGUGGGAUGUUGAGCAAAGUUUGGGUUCAUGGUGUGAAUGCAUAAGAUGACACUAGCAAAGAGGGAAUGUGGUGUUCUUUCAACUUGUUGGAGGAAUUCAGCAGAGUGAUGAAUUAGCCUGGUGAUUUUUAUCAUAGAAAUAACUUUAGUUGCUUCAAAGGUUCUGUUAUAAGUUUUUUUUUCGGUAAGUUCUGUUAGAAGUUAUGUCAAUUAAUUUGUUCUUUCAAGAAUUAUUGUUUUUCGUUCAUGUACAAUGCUAUGUAGUUUGAUCUGUUAUAGGCUCACUAUUGGUGGCUGG